AUGCUAAAGCUAGAAACUCUGACAGAAUUCAAUGCGGAGGAGGAGGGAGAGGAGGAGGAGUAUGCUGCCCCGUUAAACUUCCACGAGUUUGAGAGAGAAAACACAGAAGCAAGAGGAACGGCUUCUAUUGGACAAACAUCUGCGAGAUUCAGGGAAACGUCUCAUGAAGUCAAAGCCUCUGAAACGGAGAUCAAUACUGCCGAUGCCUUGCAGUGCCGUUGCAAGCCAGACGCCCGCGUGUCGCUGGUCAACAAGACGAACGAGAUCACGAACGGCCGAACCCCUCGUAACUUAAGUGGUGCUUCCUCUGCCUUCCGACCAUCACCACUCUUUCCGCGAGCCAUCUACAAGUUCCAAGAUCAGACGCAGGCAAAUUAUGACAUCAGCAAAACGUCUUCAAAGGUCAAGUGCCAAAGAAAGCAGGCAGGGUAUAAAGGUCGGUGUCAGAUCAAAAGCUGGCCAUUCCUCCUUGUUCUUCGUUAUUGGCACUUACUCAUCACGCAACAUUUCAGCGACAUGAAGGCAAAGAUGAUGGUGGUGAUGCUGACGACCUCGCUCUUGCUCACGGGUACGACCUUGGCCCUGCCGGCUGACCCUCCCCAUGUCUACGAUGCGCCAGUUUCGCACAGUUUUCACCCUGACCCUGCCGAGGUGCAUGAGCCGUACGACUUCGCAUACACCGUCAGGGACGACGAGUCGGGCGCAGACUUCGCCCACAGUGAGGCCUCGGACGGCGCCAGCGUCAGGGGGUCCUACACCGUCCUUUUGCCUGACGGCCGCAAGCAGACAGUGACUUACGUGGUCGACCCCACGAACGGCUACACUGCCCACGUGACAUACUCCGGAGACGCCCACCGCCCCGCCACGUUUGGCUCCGCUGUCAUUCCCACUGCUAAAACCUACAGACCUCAGACCGGCUUCUAGUGAGACAGCUCCCAGCAAAAACGCUACGCCAGUACCUAGUCAUAGCAUAAUAGAGCUUUGUGAUAAGAAUUAAUUAAUUUUCAAGUGAUUUUGAUACUUCUUUGUAUGUAUGAAUGAAUAAAAAACUGCACGGCCGUU